AUGCAAGCAAAUCUUCAAGCAGAUACAACAUUUACAAAGAUAUUCGUCGGAGGUUUACCUUAUCACACAACGGAUGAGACUUUACGGGCAUUUUUUUCUAAAUUCGGAGAUAUCGAAGAAGCUGUUGUAAUCACAGAUCGAAAUACAAAGAAAUCACGUGGCUAUGGAUUCGUAACAAUGUCACGUCGUGAAGAAGCUGAAGCAGCUGUUAAAGAUCCAAAUCCAACCAUUGACGGCCGUCGUGCCAAUGUAAAUCUCGCUUAUCUUGGUGCAAAGAAUCGCGCUGCAACGCUACCAUUUAGUUAUAGUUUACUUGCUCGUAUGCCUACUUAUCAAUCAACGGCUGCUGCCUAUCCCUCCAAUGUGGUUUACUAUCCAUUAACUCAACAAUCUACUCUCCAGCAACCUGUUUUUAUCACAUCGGCAACAAACGGAACAGCCGCUGCGUGGCCAACGAAUAUAUUCUCUCAAUAUAAUCUCGCGAGUCUGUCUGCCGCCGCAACAACAUCAAAUACAAAUCUGACAGCGACAUUGACGAAUCCAGGAACAUUAUCAGCAUCUCAAACAAUAUUUGACGGGACAACAGCUUUAUUCGAUUCAACAUCCGCAGCAACAGGACAACAAUUACAUUGGCCGAAUUAUAAUCAACUCUAA